AUGCUGGCGGUAGCCGGAUCCGGUGGCGCCGGGCUGGUCCCGUGUCUCGCCGCGCUUGGGCUGGUGCUCCUACAGGUCGGCGCGGCGGUCAAUCUCUGGAAUUCCCGCGAGCGAGGGCAGUUCAACUUUUCGCCGUCUUCGAGUUUAACGAUAUCCGAAUUUUUGAGGUUCUUGAUUGCGACUUUGCUACUGAAGCGCGAGAUUCGCCGACGAAAUACCAGCACCGAGUACUCUUCGCUGGGCAACGGGUCGGAGGACUUGGAUCUUGGCGUUGAUGAGGACGGACGAUCGUCUGGCGAGUACGCUGCGGAGAAGCUAUCACGACAAGCUCCUCGCAUUGGAGGCGCGAGGGCAUUCUGGCGUUAUGUCUGGGGAGACACGGACUUGAGGUUCGGACUGAUGAGGAUUGCUUUACUGCAAAUGCUCAGCAACAACUUGUUGUUUCUCAACUAUUUGGUCAGCGAUCCAGGCACCGUCUCCAUCACGAGGAGCGGUAUCAUGGUCGCAGCAGCUCUGGUCACGACGCCCGCUCUUGGACUGAAGGGCCCCAAGACCCGAUGGAUGGCUUUCUUGAUCCAGACGUCGGGUCUGGUACUGUCCCAGUUCUACCCACAACAUCGCACGAGGGCAUCGACAUACCAGCUUCCCCUCUACGUCAGCAUUGUCGGCCAGGCCAGCUUCAGUGCCUUAUCCGACAUUCACAGCGAGAAGCUUUUGAAAGCUACCGACUUGAGCUCGAACGGCGCAAACAUUGUUUUGGGAGCUUUCGGUGCGAUACUCAACCUGCUCGUGCAUGCGCUUGUACGACUAUACAGCUCCUUCGAACCCACUUUCUUCGGCGGUUACGACAGCAAGGGCUUGUCGGUGGUGUUCAUGACCACACUUGUGGCUCUGAUUACCACGGUUGCACAGAAGAGGGGCGACUCGUGGGUGAGAUGGUUCAUCAACGACACCACUAGUGUCGUGUUGAUGCUCGUGUCCGCGCACUUCUUCUUGUCCCGAUACAGCAUGUUCCUCAUACCCGGCACAGUGCUCAUCUUCGUCGCUUCGCUGGCAUACAUGAAAUAUGCUCCGUUAAAAGAGUACAUCAGUUCCGUGGAUGACGCGCCGAACUCUUUCGCGCCGCCUCCAUCCUACAAGGGCAACCUAACACUCUCACAGAAAGCAAAGUUUGGCCUUCUCACCCUUGCCAGCUUCCUAGGCGCAGGCAUCAUUCCCUACGCGACACUUUCUGAACUCCCGCAUACCCCCGAGUACCGACUUGUCAUGAGAGACGACACCGACGGACACUGCUCAACACCCCCGGCCGAAAUCAUCACGCCCUUCACGGAUAAGCAAGAACCGUACAAGAUCUCAACGGGCCCUGGCAAUCUUACUGUCUCACCCUUUAGCAACACGCUCGCCAUGAUUCGCUGGAAUGCGAAGCGCAUGGAGCGCGUGCCUCUGCUCAUGAAAUACAAGCCCUUCUACCACACUGUUCAUAUCUCCAUGCCGGAGAUGAUCGAGGACAAGCCCGCGGACUGGCACAAUCUCACUCACUCGCAAUACCCGCACCACGAGACGAUCUACAUGCAGGUGGCCAGGACGAUGAAGCUCAUCCUCGAUGAGCAACCCGAUAUCGAAGGCUUGAUGUACUUCCACUUCGACUCCUGGAUCGACCCGAUGGCCUGGGUCGACGAGAACCGCGAAUCCAUCUGGUUCCCGACAUCUCAUAACACGCGGCAGUUCGAGGGCGACGGACCGCGGUACAUGUGUAUGACAGACUGGCAGAAGUUUCCGCAAUGGUGGGGAUGGUACCACAAGUGGAACGAGAAGGCCGUCACCGUCAACGGCGAGAUUAUCCGGAUGAACCGCGGCUACACGAUCGAGGAAAAGGAGUUUUGCGUAGGCUGGUCGGACAUUUUCUACAUUCCUCGACGCUUCUUUGCCGACUUUAUUUUCCUGUCAUCCGUCUACGGUUGCGCGGAUCUGUUCCACGAGGUCGCAAUUCCCACGAUGCUCAACAUUAUUGACCGGAGCCGGAGGAGUGAGAAGGCCAAGUUCCAGUCGGUCAUUGACCGAAUCGGAGACUGCUGGGGAGGAUGCUGCGAUGAUUCAGCCACGGCCCAUGACGUUAAGUGGACGAGGUGUGGUCACAGGUUGAAUUACCUGAACCAGGAGGUGAUUGAUGCGCAUUACAGCCGGUUGGACGAGCAAACUGCAUGGCUUGGCCAGUCUGAGAGACAAAAGUCUGGAGGUGAAAGGCGUUGA